CAUCGUACUGCUGCAAUCGAAGUUCCCUUCCGCAUUUUACUCCCUUGCAGUGUUUUGUCCAAGGUCCUUUUAGCUUUUGAGACCGGGCAGAUUUUGUGACCUGUCUCAUUAGCCGCACAUUUCCCCGUUGGAUAAGACUGACUCAGUCGCCAACCAUUCCCGACCCCUCUUCGCUUUCGGCUUUUUGUCCCAACCUUGAGACCAUCUCAGCAGCACCAUGGUCCUCCAAUCGGCUCUUCAUCAUCUUGCCUCAGGGCCCCGGUACACUUCUGCGGCCGUCGCUUCCACCAGGAUACGAUGUUUGUCCACCAAAGGCGCUCCAGAGGUGACACUCUACCAGUAUGCAAUUUGUCCAUUUUGCAAUAUCACAAAAUCGUUUAUGUCAUUUGCAGAUCUGAAAUACAAGGCCGUGGAAGUGAAUCCUCUCACUAAAGCAGAGAUUUCCAAGUGGUCAGAAUAUAAGAAGGUGCCAAUUGCCAUGGUAGAUGGUGAACAAGUGAAUGGGUCAGAUGAAAUUGUGAGCAAACUUAUCAACCAUCCAUUUAUUGCGUCGAGCUUGCAAGAGAAACUAGAUGCGACAAUGACAACCGUAACCUUUGCCGAGUCUGAAGGCUCCAAAAAGUGGGAGCAGUUUGCACGGGAUGAUCUUGCUAGCCUUUUGUAUCCCAACAUUUGCCGCACAUGGAGUGAUUCUUACGAGGCCUUUUCGUAUGUCAAGGAUGUUGAGUCGUUCUCAUCCUUUCAAAAGUUUGCCAUUCAAAAUGUGGGCAGCUUGGCCAUGUACUACGCUGCCUCCAAGAUCAAACAGAAACGAAACAUCACGGAUGAGCGACAAGCUUUGAACGACGCUCUUGUUCAGCUGGAAGAAGAGGGAUUGGGAGAAGGAAAACAAUUUCUAUCAGGAAAGGACAAGCCUAACUUAGGUGAUGUGGCCGUGUUUGGCACCCUUCGUUCGAUUGAAGGGCUUCCCACGCACGACGAAGUUAUGCAAGGGAGGGAGCAGACAGCUCUUGUAGAUUGGUACCAACGAAUGAAGCCACUAAUCAGCUACUAGCUACUCGUAGUUAAAAAUACCGAUGCAUAGAAUAGUUGUUGCUAGUUACUGCACCGGAAUUUCCUGUGCUGUGCGAAACAAGAGGG